AUGGAUAUUAAAACUAAAGUUGUUGAUCUCUCUUUUCUAUUGCACUUAGAGGCUACCGGCGAUUCGGAAGCCGGUUAUUCCGAUCCCGCCAUAUCUUCCGGUGUCAACCAUGCUCAAGACGACGAUAAUGAAGAUGCAGAAUCAUGCAGCUGUGACACUACAUCUGAUCUUCAUAUGGUUAUUGAGCAUAAUUAUAGCUUAGACGGCGGCAAUGCGAGUGUCGAAGACGAUGAAGACAACGAUGGCGAGGUAGUAGAUAAAAAAUGCAUAUAUGAUCCUUGUAUUAAUGGAAUGGAAGCAGCAGAAAGUAAGAAAUCAUCGGCUGUUUCUAUUGAUUCGAGCCAAACCAUGAAUGAGAUGGAAAAGAACAGGCUAUUUUGGGAAACCUGUUUAGCAUCUUAG